UCCCAACAUAUUCGCUUGUGGAUGAAAACCUAUUUCCUACUGCUGAGAGAUACUGUCACAAACGGUGGCGGCGUCCCAGCAGUCAUUCGACGCCGCUCAAAGACCUACGGAGCCCCCUACCAGCUACCCCUACUCCGACCUCGGUUCGACAUCAGCAGUUAUUUUCAUAGUCGUCGUGUCCGCCGCCUUCUUCACCGGCUUCUUCGCCAUCUACAUCCGCCACUGCUUCUACGGCGGCACCGUCGACGGAGCUAUUCCUCUUUACCCCGCCGCAAGCCGCCCACGCUGGCUUUCCCCAAGCGGCCUCGAUCCGGAGGUGGUAAAUUUGUUCCCGAUGCUUAAAUACUCGGAGAUCAAACACCUUAAAAUCGGCGAAGGAGAGCUUUCGUGCGCCGUGUGCGUAUCCGAGUUCGAAGAUAACGAGACGCUGCGUUUGUUACCCAAGUGCGACCACGUGUUUCAUCCCGACUGUAUCGAUCUUUGGUUGGCCUCUCACUCCACCUGUCCGAUUUGCCGAGCAAACUUGAGUAAAGCAAUUGAGUCGACGGCAGAGUGUUGUGAUUCCAGACCUGAAGUCAGUGAAGCACCAAUUCCGAAUCAAAUUUCAAUUACUGUUGAUGAGAUAGAAACGGCACCGAGAGAGCGAGUGAGGGAAUUUCCGAGGCCGGACUCGACGGGUCACUCACUGGUUCGACUCGGGGAGGACCGGGAGAGGCAUACGCUGAGGCUACCGGAGGAGGCCAGGAGGCCGGUGGACCGGUUAGACCGGGGCGGGACGUCUGACAAGUGGUUUUGUAUGACGCCUCCAUUUUUCACCAGAACCGGUUUUCUUAGGUCAGCAAAGGUUGAUGUCGUUGAUGGCGACGUCAUAGCGGUUGGGACCUAUCUCCAACCUCUAACUUCAAAUUUGGAUGUGUGAAUAAUUUUUUUUUUUUGAAGGAUUUACGUGGAUAUUGACACUCCAAAUUUUGACAUGUAUAUUUUUGAACGGAAAGUUCUUGACAUGUAUAUUUUUGAACGGAAAUUUCCUUCACUUUUUU